CUUUCAUUCAAAAUAUUUACCCGCGCUUUGCACUGUACAUAAGCGAUGGAUGGCGCAGACCCGGAUAAUAGUUCCUCGACACCUCUCCGGUCGAGACCGGCAGACGAGCCCGAAGAACACGAGGAUGGCGAAAUUGUGCUGCCAAAGCCAAAAGGACGAGGAUCGAAGCGGGCGGCGGACGCAGAUGCUCCUACCACAAGUCCGACUACCGUGCGUUCACGCAAGCGGCAAACGCUCACCCCGGUGGAUCCAGUCAAGGAUCCAGAGAAGGAAAGUGAUGAGUCGGGCUGUAACAAGGACAAGGAGAUCAAGCGCCUGCAGGCGGAACUCGCAGACCAGAAGAGCCAGAUGCAGAAUUUGGUCACCUUGGCCAAGAAAGGCCGACUGAUGUUGUGUCAAAGCCUCGUGGAGAUCGCCAAGAUGGAGCGAGACAAGGCGAGAACUCGCCUCUUUCAUGAGGGAGCUAGAGUGGGGAAGUACAGGGCCUCCCUGGCUUUUGGGCAAGCCGACAGCUGGGAGGGGGGCUCGGAGGCGGAGGCCAUUGAGCAGCUCAAGUCCAAGCUCCGCCAGGAGCGCGACUGCGUGGCCUCGGUACGGAAGUCCUUGAUCAAGGAGUCCAAAAACAAGAUUGUGGAGACGGAAGCCGAAGACGCUGCCACCGAUGAUCCCGAUGAUCUCUUGGAGAUGCGCGAGGUUUGCAACUAUCGGGCCGAGUACAUCAGGCGCGAGGAGUCGGCCAUCAAGGAGCGGGAAGUGCGGCUCAUGGCGGACCGAACCCUGUUUCAGAAGCAGCGGAUGCUGGUGAACGCCGAAGACCGCUCGCGGUUUAGACACUAUCCGAUCUUGAAGGACAGGUUUCAGCUCCUGAACAUGAUCGGCAAGGGAGGCUUCAGCGAAAUCUACAAAGCCUUCGACCUGGAUCAGAUGUGCAUGUGUGCCAUCAAGAUCAAUGAGAUCGAGGCGAAGAUGUCAGAGACGCAGCGAGCCGACUUGGUGCGCUGGGCCUUGCGAGAAUGUGAGAUCCAGAAGAGCCUGCAGAACCCUCGCAUUGUACAGCUUCGCGAAUGCUUCGCUUUAGACAGUCAUGCCUUCGUUAUCGUUCUGGAGCUCUGUGAAGGAGAAACGCUGGAUUUGCGCUUGAAGAUGCAAGGGCCGCUGCAAGAGAAAGAGGCCAAGACGAUCAUGGUGCAGAUCCUGAAUGGACUACGGUACCUGAACAUUUGCGGCCGGAAGAUCAUCCACUACGACAUUAAGCCCUCCAACGUGUUUUAUCAUGCCGGGCAGGUGAAGAUCGGGGACUUCGGCCUUUCAAAGAUGGCGGAUCACAGCCCGGAGGGGGUCAUCGAUUUGUCCACGAUGGGCGCGGGCACCUCCUGGUACCUGCCGCCCGAGUGCCACGAGACGGCAUCACCGACCAUCAACAGUAAAGUCGACGUCUGGAGCACUGGGGUGGUUUUCUAUGAGCUUCUAUUUAACCGCCGCCCUUUUGGAGAGGGACAGACACAGGAUGCGUUUCGACGGCAAACCGCGUGCGAAGGCACCUUUGAUUUGGUCAUUCCAACAUCGCCGAAGGUGUCGGUGGAGGCCAAGGAAUUCUUGCGUAAGCUGCUCACCAGAGAUCGGGAGCAGAGGCCAGAUGUGCUGGAGGCCUUAGCAGACCCGUACAUCCGGAAGUCUUGGCCUGACACGGCACAACGCAAGGGAAGGUAACUCAUGGCCAGCCCAAGCUACAUGCUUUUCCGCUUGGGACAGCCUAUGAGCUUCCCGGUUCCCCCCUCUUCUCUGGAAAAG